CGGGUAUUUAAACUAUAUAUAUAUAUAUAAUCACUGGACUCAUAGCAAUAUACGCAGUGGCACAUACAGUGUUUGCGCCACUCUCGCAUCAUCAAUUGCUAAUAUUAACCAACUCUCUCUGAACAUGGAAUCGUUAAAUCUGGCGAUUCUCACUAUUUGUUUAGGUGCAAUUGGUGUUCUGAUUUAUUUUUAUCGUCAAAUAAAUUUUUGGAAACAAAGAGGAAUACCACAAAUCCAAUGUCUACCAAUUGUCGGCAGUCAUUUGCGUCUCAUAACAGGAAGAAUGGCAGUAAGUGAUUUUGCAAAGCACAUAUACAAUUGUCAUCCAAAUGCAAAAUAUUUCGGUAUGAUGGACUUUAAUACACCGGUGGCAGUUGUACGUGAUCCUGAAUUAAUUAAAGAAAUAGGCGUUAAAAGUUUCGAGCAUUUUCUCGAUCACAAAAGUUUUCUCGACGAAACAAUGGAUCCGAUUUUCGGUAAAAAUGUCUUUUCCCUAAAGGGCGAUCGUUGGAAACAAAUGAGAAAUACCCUCAGUCCAUCAUUUACGGCAGUAAAAAUGAAAUUCAUGUUCGAAUUAAUUGAUAAAUGCGCGAGUGAUUUUGUGAAAUAUUUUUUAGAGCAUGAGGAUGAAACAAUGUCUAUUAAUACCAAGGACGCAUUUACGAGAUACACUAACGACGUCAUAGCAACCGCUGCAUUUGGUAUAAGCGUAAAUUCAAUGAAGGACAAAGAGAAUGAAUUUUACGUUCAUGGAGCUGAUGCAUCAUCAUUUAGGGGUUUUUGGCGAUUCGCAAAAUUCAUAAUAUUUCGAAUAUGUCCGGGAUUUUUGAGAUUUAUUGGCGAGCCGUUCGUGUCACGUUCGUCGGCACGAUUUUUCAAGGCAGUGAUACGUGAGACUCUUAAAGCAAGAGAAGAAAAUGGAAUUGUACGACCGGAUAUGAUUCAUUUGCUUAUGGAGGCGAAGGAAAAGGACGAUGGUAUUGAUUUAUCAGUUGAUGAUAUUGUGGCACAAAGUUUUAUUUUUUUUAUAGCUGGUUUUGAAACAUCAUCAACGCUAAUGAGUUUUCUCGCACAUGAAUUGGUCAUGAAUCCGGAUGUUCAGGAAAAAUUGCGUAACGAAGUGGACAUGGUGAUGAAAGUAAAUAAUGGUGAAAUCAAUUACGAUACUCUCACUAAAAUGAAAUAUCUCGAUAUGGUUGUUUCAGAGGUGCUCCGAAAGUAUCCGCCAGCUCCUGUUGUUGAUAGAGUUUGUGUGAAAACUUACACUUUACCAAAACCCACACCAGAUAGUGGGGAAUAUAUUGCUGAACCAAACACAUCAAUUUGGAUACCGGUUAUUGGUUUACAUCAUGAUCCAAAAUACUUUCCAAAUCCAGAAAAGUUCGAUCCAGAAAGAUUUAGUGAUGAGAAUAAGGAUGAUAUUAAUCCCUACACUUAUCUACCGUUUGGUCUUGGACCACGCAAAUGUAUCGGAAAUCGAUUUGCCCUAAUGGAGACGAAAUUACUUCUCAUUUACAUACUGAAGCAUUUUAUUUUGGAACGAACGGAAAAGACGCAACAUCCACUUAAAUACGAAAUCAGUGUCACUAUUGGAGUUAAAGGUAGUACCUGGGCAAAAUUUGUCAGAAGAACACCAAAAGUCACAUAAAGAAAUAUUCAACACUAAUAGACUGUAACAUUUUUAUGUAACGAUGCGAAAAUGUUUUAUCUAAUUUAAAAAUAUUUCUCUUUUUCAUAUAAAAGCAUCUUUAAUUCAUAAUAUUUCUUCACUUCAUUUAUUUUUUAUUUUACUUUACUUUGUCAUUUCAAUUGUGUCAUUUCCAAAUUUACUUUAUUCUACAAAAAGUCAUCAAAUGAACGCAUAUUUCAUACGAUUUUAUUUGUACAUAAUUAAAUUUAAUAGAAAAUAAAAGACUUUACCUAAGAAACGAAAAAAAAUGUUUCCUCACUCUUUAAAUCUGAAUAAGAUAAAAAUAAAAAACUGACAAUAAGUUACAUUCAAUUUUUCUAGUUGUAAUUAUCAUAAUUUUUGAAGAUAAAAACUUUUUGCCUUAAACAAAAUGCAAAAAGGUAGCAAAAAGUAGCAUUCAAUCAAACUAAAAAAAGUAGUAAAAAAGUGCUAUGGAGAAAUUAAACUUGACAACCAAAAAAAAACUCGUUUUAGAAACUUCACAAAAAUUUCAUUCUAUAUUUUACUUUCCUGCCUUUUUCCCAGUUUUCAUAAUAAAU